AUGGUGGCGGGGAUGCUGAUGCCGCUGGAGCGGCUCCGCUCCAUCCUGGAGCUGCUGUUUCGCGAGGGUGUCCUGGUCGGGGAGCGGGACGGCUGCCCCCGGCGCACCCACCCGCAGCUGCCCGGCGUGGCCAACGUGGAGGUGCGGCGCGCCAUGGCCUCGCUGCGCUCCCGCGGCCUCGUGCGACAGACGGCGGCCUGGCGACACCUCUACUGGUACCUGACGGACGCCGGGGUGGCCCACCUGCGCCAGUACCUGCGGCUGCCGCCGGACGUGGUGCCGCGCUCGCUGCAGCGCGUUCCGCGCCCCGCCGCCCCCCGGCCCGAGCCCCGGCGCGCCGCUGCCCCGGCCGGCGCUGGCACCCCCCGGGCGCGUCCUGCCGCCGGUGACCGCCUCUACCGCAGGAAGGACGAGGCCCAGGGGCACGUGGAAGCCGCCGCCGUCAGCGCGGGGCAGGGGCUGUGCCAGCCGCCCCCCCAGCCCGGCCCGGCCGCAGGUACCGAUCAGUGCCCCGGGAUGCGCUCGUGGGUGGGGGGCACUCGAGCCCCGCUGCUGCCAGGGGGGUCUGGGACAAGGACAAGUCCUUAA